AUGAAGAGCGUACUUGUUUUCAGUUGGAUAUACGGCGUGCUCGGCUCUCCGCUGACCGCUGGUCAAUCCUCCGCCUUGGCAAAGACAACCCUUCUCAACCCGCUGUCCAGUGCCAACAACUCAGAUAUAGCGGAGAGUACAUCAGUCACCCUCACAAGCAUCGUCUCGCACCUGGAUCAGGCCGAUGCGCUCACCACACCACAAUCCCCCGAAUCUGCAUUGUCAGCAAUCCAAAACAUCAUAUCAAAAGGAAGCCCAAGCAUCUACGACGUAGGCAGGGGCAUCGCAGAAGCUGGUCUCCUGCCCUCGGAUGUUAUUUCAGUCUUGGAUGGAUACCUCGACAGCGCGAUACACUCACUUACCAACCAAAACACAGCCUCAGUUCAGAACAUCUAUCCAAAGGCUGCCGGGGAUGCUCCCUACUCGGUGCCGGAGGAUACACUCCGAGCAGCAAUCCACAUCCCAGACUCAUUCUCCUUUGGUCGCGGUAGAGCUCCUGUGAUCCUCGUACCGGGCACGGGCAUCCCAGCCGGAAUGACAUUUCACUUUAACUUCGCCAAGUUAGGCGACAGCAUACCCAUCGAUGCAGUAUGGGUGAACCUCCCUCGGGCCUCACUGUCUGACGCCCAGGUCAAUACCGAGUACAUCGCCUAUACCAUCAACUAUAUCGCGACGCUCUGCGGUGACCGCGUAGCCGUGCUAUCAUGGUCGCAAGGCGGCUUGAACACACAAUGGGCACUGAAAUACUGGCCCCCAACACGAGCAGUGGUGAAAGACUUCAUCGCCAUAAGCCCAGGCUUCCACGGGACACUGGUCCGAUCGCUCGUUUGCCCAUCGCUGGAUUUAGUGCUGUGCACACCAUCCCUGUGGCAGCAAGGCUGGGAAACAGAGUACAUCCACACCCUGCGCAGCGACGGCGGCGACUCAGCCUACGUGCCCACGACGACAGUGUACUCGACCUUUGACGAGAUCGUCCAGCCAAUGUCUGGACCGAAUGCGUCUGCUAUUCUGGGUGAUGAGCGCCGCGUCGGCGUGACGAAUGUUCAUCUCCAGUCGGCCUGCACCACAAUGCCCGCUGGCGGUGUCUAUACUCACGAGGGCGCGUAUAAUCCCCUUGCGUGGGCCCUGGCCAUUGAUGCAAGCCUGCAUGACGGGCCUGCAGACUUGUCCCGGGUUAACCUGGCCCAGGUCUGUCAGCAGGUGCUGGCGCCGGCGCUGGAUAUGAAGGAUCUGUUUGGGACUGAGGGGUUGUUGCUGGUUGCUGUGGCGGAGUUGGUGCUUUACAAGCCUCAUGCGCUGGGGGAACCUCCUAUCGUGGAUUACGCGUCUUAG